ACUCAAAAUUUUCAAGUGAAAAAUUGCAGCAAUGUGGAAUUCCCAUAAGCCCUUGUGCUUGAAUAAAAUGUGUAUGUUUGGUCAAAACAAGGGAACUUCUGUAGAAAAUUAACCAUUGUUAUUUAAAAAUAUAUAUUGUUUUAAUUCUUAUGGCUAUUGUUGUUGUUUUGUUAUAGGCUACCUGGCUGAUAGUUGUGAUUUGUAUGAAGUCACCAUGAGGGUGAUUAGUGUUACCUCUGUUGAAGUUGGAGCCUUUUAAAUUCAAGCCAUUCUAACUCAAUUACUUAACAAAAGCGCAGAUUUAUGUGCACUAAGAAGUACUGAGGAGAACUGAGAUUUCCAGUCAUAAUUUCCCAUUUACUGUAUAAAACGUGCUAUAACUCAAUUGAAAUAAUUAAAUAAAAACAAUGAUACUUUAAUCACAGAUGAAUUAAGUGUUACGGGUAACUAGUUAAUGUUACUUAAAAAAAUUAAGUUAAGUUUACUUGAGCAAAAUAAGCAUGUUUACUUAGAAAAAGCGUGCAAACCGACUGCAAAUAUCAUUUUUGCGAUUGGUAAUAUACAAAAAUGUGGAUGCGCGCAACCCAGUUUUAGAUAAGAAUUACACUUCCUUGUACAGAUAGAGAAUAUUAGUUGGAUGCUUACUCGAGCGCAUUAAAAAUAUAAUAAAGCACACUUUUCUUCUCUUCAGUGUUUUUCCUUCUUCAUGAGUGCAUGGGUGUUGUAUGGGAUUGCUGACACGUGAUAAAUUAAUUGAACCCUUGUGCUGGUUAUUGCCAAAAAGACCAUCUCCGUUUCACCAUUAACACAAGCCUUUAAACACCCAGUUUAAAGAUCAGCAAAUGAAUGAUACAUCUGGAAAACAGAACUAGAACACUCAGAUAUUUAGGGGGAGUAAUGGAUAUUACAUAUAGGCUACGUUAUUAAUUUUUAUGUAUUUGAAAGCUCGUGUUGCUUCGAGAGAGAGGAUAUUACGUAACACUUUGAUAUUAAUAAUCGGUCAUCAAUUGAGGAACUUCGAUUUUUUUAAGCCCUAAUAACCAACAUAUUUGUCAUUGUCUAUUAGUCCAUCUGAUCAUAAGACAGAGCGCAUGGUUCACAUUUACCAUUUCACUUCUACUGCGUACUAAAGCAGCAUCAGUUUGGAAUAAAAUGUUCUUGUUUACCAUUAUGCACUGAGGCAUGCGAUAAAAGGCAAAUAUUCUCUCCCAACAUGGAACAGGCCUUUCUGUUUGCAAAGAGGUAAAAAGGCGGAAAAGAAAGAGGAUCUGAAACGGUUUCCAUGUCAAACACUUCAAUUCUCCAUAGAAACUCUGAUCUUAACGCAGAAACUUUAUUAAACCUUGAUGGUGGAUUGAUAAGGCCGAAUUUCUAUCGGUUCCUUUUUAUUGUGGAGACUGGGAGGGAUGACAGAGGUAAAUUGCUCUUUUAAUUAAACCAAUGCACUGAAGGAAAUUGCUGUCUGAAUAUUGUCUCAGAGAUGGGGCUUGUGACAGUUGCCUGGAAACUUCAAUCUGUCUCACAUUUAUUCCAGAUCACAGUUUUGAGAUAAAGUUUAAUAAAAAUCUUUGCCCCAAUGAAAGCCUACCCUUUCACAUCCACCACCACCACAAUGCGACAGAACAGCGGAGGAAGCCUUAUGUUUAACAUGUAUCUCUCAGACCAUACGGAAAAUCUACUGAAGGAAAGCAAAAGCUCAUCUUGGACCCCAAUCAACACAGGUGUACAAAAAGGAAGUGGACAAAUCCAACUAUGGCAAUUUCUUCUGGAGCUGUUGUCAGACAGCGCCAACAUGUCAUGCAUCGCCUGGGAGGGGACCCACGGAGAGUUUAAACUGAUAGACCCGGACGAGGUGGCCAGAAGGUGGGGGGAACGCAAGAGUAAACCCAACAUGAACUAUGACAAACUGAGCCGAGCUCUGCGCUAUUACUACGACAAAAACAUCAUGACCAAGGUGCACGGAAAGCGCUACGCUUACAAAUUUGACUUUAACGGCCUGGCACAAGUGUGCCAGCCCUCUUCCACUGAACAAGCUAUUUAUAAGUUUCAGAGCAACUUCGCUCCUAUCCAGUUUUCAGGCAUUUCCAAACUCAAUCUUGUUGCUCCAGGUGUUGGUCCGUCAGGGUUCUCUUAUUGGCCCGGAUCUCCUCCGACUCUCUACCACAGCCACAGCCUGCAACCACCAGGACCCUUCGGUGCCGUGUCAGCGUCGCAUUUAAGUUGCGUUAACAAUAUCAAUACUUUAAAUAACUUGAAUAAUAUAAAUAAUCACUAUAACUGAUUUUUGUAUAUAUGCGUCAAGAGUGCGCACCUGACAUUAGGCCAACAUUUCAAAAUUUCAUUAAGCGCAACUAACCGAGGACAAUGCAACAAGGUAGAUUAAAAGGCAAAUUAUACUUUAAUAAUUUGCAAUAAACACAUAAUGUAGGUCUAAAUAAAAAUGAAUAAACACGUAAUUCGAGUUAAAGUGUGAGUUUGAGCAAGAUAUUUUGUUGGCUGUUGAUGUUGAUCAUCACUGUGAUAAGAAAGCAAUUUAGCGCCAUCUUAUGGAUAACAAAUGAUCCCAUCAACACUUGCUUUUAUUAUUAUUUAUCAUUUUGCAUCAGUUGAAAUCAGUUUUGCUUAAAUUAAGAUGUUUAUUUCUAUAUGAUAAUUCACAAAACUUGAAACAUCAUAGUAUAAAUGUAUAAAAUUAUUGAAAGGUAAAAAUAAAUGAUAAAAUGAAAGUAAGCCUCUUGCUGGAGAUCAGUAGGAGAGCAAAUGGAAAGAAUUUGGGAAUAGUCUACAAAGCUGGUAAAAUAAUGUGUGAGUAUUCGGAUGCUGCACUUUUUAAACUGAGCAAAUUAGUGUACAACACUAUAAUGCGCAUUAAUAUGCGAUUAUUUAACGCCGAUGGAGGAAUAAUUCUCCAAAUUGGGCAUACAUAAAAAAGCGAAAUCGAAUAAAUCGUAAAGAAUAACAAUAAUAAAAAAUAAAAAAAUGUUAUGUGUGUGUGGUCCAUACACGUAGGGAUUCAAGGAUCCUCGCCCAUGCCCAUGUCAUUCUUCUUUUCACUAUGUUGAUUAUUUGGCUACAUAAUGUAUUUUGUUUGAAACAAUACAUUAAAACUGUA